AUGUGUCGAUUUAUGGAACAGCACCGGGAUGAUACGAAAUUGGCGGAGUUCGACGUACGACUGGAGCAGCUAGAUCGAAUGUGGGACAGAAUGAACGAGGCUAAUAACGACGUUGAGUCCCACGAAGAAUCGAUUGCCGAUACGGACAGUUUCGUGAAGGAUCGCAUCGACUUUGAAAAUCGGUUCUACGAGCUAAAAACAUUUCUCAUAGGUAAGCAAAGGGAAGAUUGUGAUCAAACCAUAUUAAAUCAGACUACUCGCUCUCUCGAUAAUCCCCCCACCUCCACCCCUCAUGUGCGGUUGCCCCAAAUUACCCUUCCAAAAUUCAGUGGCAAAAUAGACGAAUGGCUUACGUUUCGUGAUCUCUUUACGUCACUAAUUCAUUGGCAGACUGAUCUUCCUGAGAUAGAAAAGAUCCACUACUUGCGUAGCCAGCUAGAAGGGGAAACGCUAUCGGUUAUAGAUUCUCUCCCUCUUAUUAAGGCAAGUUAUACUGUCGCGUGGGAAUUACUAACGAAGCGAUAUUCAAAUACGAAGGUUCUCCGCAAACGACAGGUUCAAGCUCUCUUCGAGUUACCAACGGUUAGGAGAGAAUCGGCUAAUGAGUUACAUACCCUUCUGGAUACUUUCGAAAAAACUAUUAAGUCACUUGAUCAAGUCACCCCUCAACAGGCUGAUUAUAAGGAUAUGCAAUUGGUUCAUCUUCUAUGUUCGCGCUUGGAUCAUGGCACGCGUAGAGCAUGGGAGGAAUUUUCUUCGUCUAAGGAAUCGGAUACGGUUAAGGAGCUGCUUGAGUUCUUACAACGUAGAGUCAGAAUUCUGGAAUCAUUGCCCAGCAAGUCCAAUGAACAUAAGGUAGAAUAUGUACAACCUUAA